CAGAGUGGAACAAUUUAAAAACGAUAACCUUUCGGCGCGUGGGGACGGACGAAAACGAAACGUUGCGAAAGCGAUGUCGUGACAACUCAGGUCCAGUCCACUUGCCGCGCGAGUACGCAUGCGCUGUAAGACUUGUAAUCGCUUUCGUAUCGUUUCUGCGUUGUGGGGACGGGUCGUAUCAAAAUGAAAACGCUUCGUGUAGACGCGUUUGAAAACGGAACAAAAAGGUUGCGUUUUCAAACGAAAACGGAUACGUGGGGACAGGGUCACUAGAACAUCUUAGGCCUCGCCCUAGGCUCUUUUAGACCAUUUGAAAAAAUCGGCCAUUGAUUGAUAUUUAUUUCGAUUAUUUGAUCGUCACUAAUUGAAACAGCAUUUCUUUCAUAAAAUUAUAAACAUUGACUUGAACUUUCUUUUUUUUUUAACUAACAAUAACAUUUCAGUGAGCCUCCCCAAGACGUUAUGAGUCAACAGCCCUACCCUGGGUACCCUGUGUCACAGCCGGAGAUGGAGGCUGGGCGCGAGUUCCGUAUGAAUGAGCUGACACACUUAGACAGCAUUCUGCGCAAGCGACGCAUGGAGUUGCAGGAGGUUACCGCUGAUCUUGCUGAACACAGGCACGAACUAGACGCCGUCAUCUCUCAGUGCAAGCGAAGCGAGGAGCGCAUGCGUCGUGCAGAGGAAGACGCGGGGGCCCUGGAAACGAGGGCAUCAGAGACGUCAUCAGAGCUUAUUCGCGCGGGAAAUCAGCUUCUUAGCCUCGACAUCAAGACGAGGGGAAUGACAGAAAAGCUAACGCAAAUCACUGCGGAAGUGGAUUUGAAGAAAAAGGAGUUACUUGAGGCGGAGCAAUCGCUGGUGAAGGUGCGGAAGGAUUCAGAUGGUGUGAUGACGAGUGUUGAGGAGAGGACAAGAGAGCUCAAAAGUCUAGAGAGCAGGCUUGCAGGCACAGAGGAGAGGCUAAGACUCUAUCUCAAACUCGAAGAUCUGCGAGAAGUGGUCGCCGCCACUGAGCGAGAGGAGCACGCCAAACACGAGCGCCGAGUAAGCGCGCUUAAAGAUGGCGAGAAAAUCAUCGAGGAGCGUACAACACAACUAGCUCGUACUCACAACGAAUUACAAAAACAGACGGCGGAGUACCACGAACUGAACACGUGCAUAGCACGUGCACGUAAAGACCUAAGCGAGCUAGAGCUAGCCAUGGCGACCCGACGACGGGAAAUCGAGGAACAGGGACUGAGGAGGGAGAAAGAACGGGAAUAUCACGAGGGCGUGCUGCAGCAAACCGCUGACAGGCUGACCGAGGUAAAUGACGCGAGGAACGAGGCUCUCGAGGCGUUACGAAAACACCGCGCAGAGCUAAUGAGCAUGCGCGAGCGAGUACAAGAGGAAAGCGAGAAACUCAGCAUGUACGAGAGGGAGACUGGGAAUAAGGAGCGAGAGAUUGAAGGCCUGACCGCGAGGGUCGCCGGGAAGGAGGAGGAGCUUGUAUCUCUGAAGGAGAAGACUUUAGAAGCCGGGAUAGAACUAGAGAGCGUUGUAUCGGAGAUAAAUCGAGAAAGAGGUUUGCUAAAAAAGACAGAAGAGGACAGGAGCAAGUUUGAAUCCGAGAUGAGCGAACUCGCAGCGAGAAAACAAGAGCUACAGGAUGAGAUUCAAGAGCUUGAGCAAGAUCAGGACAGGAUCAAAGGGGAACUGGUAUCCCUGAAGAAACAAGUAGUUAGCGCAUGCGCAGAUCGGGACCGUGUUCAGAGCGAUAAUAAGACAAGCCAUCAAGAGCUAGACGUCGUCAAACAAGAAUUAAAAGAUCAGAAACAAGAGCUGGAAUCUUUAGUCAAUUCCAAGAGUAAAGUGACCGCUGACCUAAAUCUCGAGAAAAAGAAAUUUUCCGAGACCAAACAAAAUCACGCUGAAUUCGAAGCCGAGUUCCGAAAACUUCGAGACGAACUCGAACACCGUCGCGACGAACUCGAGCAACUCCUACAGAAAGGGGAAACCACACGACAUUCAACCCCCGCAGAGCACAUGCGUGAUGAGCCUGCAAAACGGUCAGCGACUGCUAUCGGUAGUAAAGAGGUCGAAGAGAAGAGGAAACGUCGUCGAGGUGCUCAACUUCCGGUACCUAAGAAGCAUGACGUCAGCAACGUUGCUAAUGGAAACGAACGGAUCAGUAAUUCAAAGAAAUAUGUUGAUGAGGCUGGAACAGCAAUUGAAGUGAGCCAACAGAGCAGCGGUACAGCAGUAUCCAGCAUAAAGUGCUCGCAAGAAACACGAACUGGGCAUGCGCAAAGCGACUUGGAGCGCACUGUUGACGAGCUUAAAGGACAAAACAAACAGAUGCGCCAGUCUUUGAAAAAGUCCCUGUUGGAGAUAAAGAAGCUCAAAGAAGAUCUAAAGAAACAACAAGCCACAGCAGAGCAGGCUCAGAGGUCACUCAAGGUCAGCGGUGCAAAAAGCAAAGAGUAUAAGCACAAACUCGAGCAGACUGUCAAAGAGCAUGCGCAAGAGCAGACACGUCUCGCCCGCGAGAUGGAGUUUUUCCGGUCAGAGGCUCAGCACCACUUUGGUCAUGCGCAAAAGCUUGCACAGGAGCUGAUGUUGUACAAGCAGAAACAUGAACGUGAGAAGAAUGAAAAUAUGGAAGAUAAAAAGAAGAACGCGAAAAAAGACAUUGAGGAUCAGACCUCACAGAUAAAGGAACUUGUCAAAAGUCUGAAGCUAGUUGAAACAACACGUGACCAGACCCUGGAAGAAAUUAAACAGCUGCAGCAAACUAAGGAAAGCAUGAUGCUACAGCUAGAGGAACUACGUCAUUCCAUCAAAGAGACCUCUGAGAAGACCCUUGAAGCACAGAAAAUAGGGAUGGAGGCAGCAAAGCAAAAUAAAGACGACGUCAACAGAAAGAUGUCAGCUGAGAAAAUCAAGCUUCAACAGGGUCAACUCAGGGAUCAGUUGCGGCAACAGAUGACCAAGCGAGCGGAGUUACUUGAAGAGGAGAGAAGGAAGGCGGGGCAAUCUUUAGAGGGGCUGAAGAGCAAGCUGAAGAAUCUUGAGCAGGUCAUCACAAGAAAGGAUUCAACCGUACAAGAUUUCCGAAUAGAGCUUGCGAAAAGUCGUUUGGACAAGGAAAAAGUCACAGAAAUGGAGAACGAGCUGAAUGAACUAAAGCACAAAUUACAACAGGUACAGGACGAGAGGGACAUGGCACUUGUACAGCGGGAUCACCUGGCGACCCUUGGAAAGGAGACCGCACAUCUGAGACAACCUGCUGCCCGACCGGAAGACACCCUUGCUAACCAGGACAGACCAAGAACACAGCCCUUAACUCGACCGGAAGUGAGAGAGGGAGCGGAAAUUGCUUUACUUCUAGAGACAUUAAGAAGAGCUGCACUUGAGCACGGUCGAAAGCCUCGAACCGAGGGCCGGGAAAGGAGAGGAAGAGAGGAGCGGAUAUAUCAUGAGGGACGGCGGGAGGGUAAGAGGCUGGGUCGUGUACUGGAUGUGCGAGACCUUGCAAGUGAAGCAUCCAGUACUAUGGAUAGUGAAUCCGAGCAGUCCUCAGUCAAUGCAAGUCCAUUCCGAAAAUUACAUACUCAAGGAAACUCAAAACGAUCUCAUAGUGGAGAAAGUAACUGCAACUCGUUAGAAAUCGGAACUAUGGGUAGCAAAGCUCAGUCAAGGUACAGUGUUUCUAGGAAUAAUUCACAAGAUUCGCCUGAGAAGGAGAAGACUCGUAGGGACAUUGACAAGGACCAAUAUAGUUCCCCUUUGAGUAGCUAUAGACCCAAGAAUUAUAAGUCCCCGUGGAGGGACAUAAACGAGACGGGUUCUCCACCACCGCAGGCGCCUAUGACAAUUGGGAAAUCUGCCCUAGUAGGGACUCCAUCAAGGAAGGGACCAGAUGAAUCUGGAUCUGUUUCGUCUUCACAAAAGAAGGGCCGUGGCCGAGUGGACCUAGAAAGAGAGAAGACCCUUGGCUUCCUGUCCGUGUCAAGCCUCGCGGAUGACAAGAGAACACGGUUUCUGGCAUCAGUCAAUCAACUGAAGAAUGAGAAAAUGCGCGAACUGGAAAAAGGGAUGCAGCACUUUUACCAACAGCGCUAAAUUUCAGGAAAACGAAGCCACAAUUUAAAAGAGAGUUUUACAAGAGUUUUAUCUAAAUAAAUUGUAAAUUUAACUGAUUAUAUUAACAAAUAAAAUGUUUUAAAAAAACAA